CUUCACUCAAGCAACAACUCAACAACCGAACUCCCAAGUCACCAAAGGCCUGCUAUAUUCUGCAAAUAUAUCAAAAAUCAGACUCCUAAGUCACUGAAGAUCUACUACAAGCUGCAGAUAUAUCCACCGAUGUUAGCUGGAUACUAUCAUCCUAUUAAAAGACCUGGUGACUGUGUUGCUCUAGAACAUAUGAUCUGUGUCUCUCUCUGCUGGAUGAUAUUCUUUUACAGCCUUGUGCAAGAUACCCUGUCUGUAGCAGCAAACAGGCCGCUCAACGAAGUAAACAUGGGGAUACCCACUGCAAACCUCCCGCGCAAGCGGCCGACAGACGAGGCUAUUACGUUGCUCAUUCCUAGCCAGGCAAUUUCCGCCGCCGACUCCGAGCCGGGUAAUCCCACGGCAGACUUCCGCGACUGCAGCGACUGCAGCCAGUGGUCAGAUGAAUCCAAAGUGGUGGAAAUCUCGCAGAAGGCUGCUGACGCGAUAGUCAAUUUCUCCACGCAUGAACGGGAGGUGAACCAUUUGGAGGACGAGUUGGAGGAACACUAUGAGAAGACGAACCACCUGAUGGCGCAGAUCGAGCAACAGGUGCUCGAUUGCAAGCUUCUUGAGAAACAGUUUGCGGAGAUCAGGGCCGUGAUACCACGACACUAGAGGAGCACGGUUUAGAGGGAGACUGGUCAGUAUCCGAGUGGAUACGCGUUAGGUUAGUUGAAUUCCGAUCAAGAAUGACCACUCGGCGACAUAAUUUAUCUAGACAUUUUUGGUUUCGGGCUCUGUGAGUCAUCGUUUAUAACAUCUUAUGUU